CACUCAGCUCACACUUUCUCUGAGAUAUAAACCCUCAAAGACACAGCCUUCAGCAGUCACCAUGAACAAGAUCAUUGUCUAUGAGCACCCUGAUUUCCGCGGUCUCAGCAUGGAAUUCACCGAUGACAUUCAAAACCUGGCCCACAAAAACUUUGACAACUGCAUAUCCUCAGUGAAAGUGAUCGGGCAACCCUGGGUAUUAUACGAACACCUCGACUACAAGGGGUUGGAGUGGGUCUAUGAGGAAGGAGAGUACAGCAAUGUCAGUAAGCAUGAUACUGUUUCUUCACUGAGGCUCAUCACAGAGGACCUGCACGACCCUAAGAUCACUCUGUAUGAACACCCAAACUACGAAGGAAAAGAAAUAGUCCUCACCUGCGAGGCAAAUCUGUGCUAUGGUUCCUUCAAUGACAUGGCAUCCUCCCACAUUGUGCAAAAAGGUGCUUGGCUUCUAUAUGAGCACGGAGACAGAGGAGGCAGAUACAUCACGGCCCGGGAUGGCGAGCGUGUUCCUGACUAUGGUGUACUGUCGUUCCAUGACUGUGUGUCCCACCUGCGCCCUCUGAAGCCUGGCAAGGGGACUGUGACUGCGGAGGUCCUCUGGGAGAAGAAGGAAGAGAAGGAGAAGUCCUUCAUCAUCGAUUCUAUCUGUGGUCUGAACCCAACUGACCAUGAGCAAACCUUCUCCACAUCACUCAGCAAGGAGUAUGCAGCUACUAUCACUGAGAACUUCAGUUUUAAUGAUUCUACAACAAUUAGUGCAGGGACAACUUUCUCUGUAGAUGUGUUCAAAGUGAAGAACGAAUUCACUUUGUCUGUCAGCAACACCUUUACAGUUGAAAAGGGGAAAUCUGAAUCACACACUGAGACAAAGAAGGUGGACAUCACCCUGCCAGCAACAAUCCGUCCGCACACCAAGCUCUCUGUGUCUGUGAUCAGGAAAGAAGUUAAUGUAAAGCUGCCAGUCAAGCUGACUAUAACUCAGGGCAAGCACAGUGUGAUUGAAUAUGGAGAGUAUAGGUGCCAGUCAGGGCUGUCCUUGCAAACUGAGUACAAAGAAGAAAAAAUAGAGUUUUCUUCACAGAAAAGGGAAUGAUUAUGUGAUUAAUAUACCCUUAUAACUGUAUACAGCAUGUCUUUAGCACUGUCUAUGAUCAUUACUUGAACUCAGAUAUAACAUGCUACUGCAGCAUUGUAUAAUGGUGGAUUGAUUUCUUUAAAAUAGAUUUCAGUUUAAUGGUGCUUAGUUCUUUUGUUAAUCAUAGAUCUCAAUAUACAUCUGUUUAAUGAAAUAUGGGUGAAUGGUGAUUGACUUCAGCAACAUCUUAAUCAUUUAGUUGCUUAACAUGUUAUUUCACAACGUCAGCAUUGUCAAAUGCAGUGUAUUGGCAGGCUGUUUUUCCCAAAGUAAAACUAAUUGACUACUCAAACUGUUAUUAGAACUGUUUCUGUUUUGUAAAAUACUAAUAAUGUCACAAUGAUAGAAAUCAAUGUUUUUCAAAUGGUCAUCGGAUUAAAGUGGUCAGAAGAUAUAAUCAUGUAUACUGUAUUUGUACUUACAAAGAUGUUUAAUGAUUUAGACCUGUAGUGUAAAUUGCAAUUCAGACUAAUGCUUUAUUGAAGAAAAAUACAAGUCAUAUUUAGUAUUCUGUUUUAUCAAUAUCAUAUAUAUAUAUAUAUAUAUA